AUGGUCAGCUCCUGUUGUGGCUCCGUCUGCUCUGACCAGAGCUGUGGCCGAAGUCUCUGCCUGGAGACCUGCUGCCGCCCCAGCUGCUGCCAGACCACCCGCUGCAGGACCACCUGCUGCCGCCCCAGCUGCGGCGUGUCCAGCUGCUGCCGCCCCGUCUGCUGCCAGACCACCUGCCGCCCCAGCUGCGGCGUGUCCAGCUGCUGCCGCCCCGUCUGCUGCCAGACCACCUGCCGCCCCAGCUGCGGCGUGUCCAGCUGCUGCCGCCCCGUCUGCUGCCAGACCACCUGCCGCCCCAGCUGCGGCGUGUCCAGCUGCUGCCGCCCCGUCUGCUGCCAGACCACCUGCCGCCCCAGCUGCGGCGUGUCCAGCUGCUGCCGCCCCGUCUGCUGCCAGACCACCUGCUGCCGUACAACUUGCUGUCGCCCCAGCUGUGGUGGAUCCUCUUGCUGA